UUAAGCCAAAAACAGUCAAUACGUGAGGAUGUUUUAUUUUGGAAAAGGUCUGCUUUUCAUUUUAGUGAUUUCUACAUCGAUGGGUUAUGAAAGAAGAAAGGAAUAUGGAUUAUUGCGAGUCCUGAAAAACCUUAAUACAAUAGAGAGUUCUGAUUUGAAUCUUCUCGAAACUAGAAUUUCGAAAGCUGCUAAAUGUGCAAAGAAAAAUAAAGUGUACAAUGCAACUACAGGAAAAUGCAAAAAAUGUGGGAAUGACGAAAUCUACGACUCCGAUACUGAAAGUUGUAGAGUAAAUGGUAUUGGAGCUUUUGGUGGAGCAGGAAUUGGAAGAAAAUAAAGAAUCAAUAUUCAUCAUCAUAUUUACGCUUCUAGUGUUAACAAACAUUAACAAGCAAAUAAGAAAACAAAAAUAGUAAUUCAAUUUCAACAUUUUGAUUAACAUGAAAGUUGUUAGAGAUAAGAUUUUUCUUGUAUAAGUUGUUUAUAUUUUCGAAUGAAUUUACAUUUAAAACUUCGAAAAGAACUUUAACGGAUUUGUUGGCUUUGUUUUUUUCUCUCUCUCAUAUCAAGUACACCUUAAAAAUUUGUUUUUGAGGCAUUAUACUUUUCAUUCUGCAUAUGUAUUAUCCUUUAAUCAGCAAUUUUGCUAUUCAAAUACCAGUGUACAAAUAAACUUUUGAAAUAUUCGUAUAA